AUGCAUUUGGCUAUGUCUGCUGCGAGCAGUUUGACACUCUCCGGCUGGAGAUGGCGGCAAUACGGCGAAGCCAAUGAAGAAUGGCAUCAGUGUAUGCACGACAAACCGACCACGGAGAUUUUCACCGACCUUAUCGAUGCAAAAGUCAUUCCUGACCCCUUCAUCGACGAAAACGAGCGCCAUGUGCAGUGGGUGGGCGAAGCCGACUGGGAGUAUGCCUGCGACUUCCAGUACGAGGCAGACUUGAGCCAUUCUCGACAGGACCUCGUUUUCGCAGGUUUAGAUACAGUAGCCACCGUCUUUCUGAAUGACCAGGACCAAAUCCUGGAAUCAACAAACAUGUUUCAUCAGCACCGCGUCGAUGUAACUGGGAAAUUACGCCCGGGCUUGAACACGAUUCGCAUCGUGUUCAAGAGUGCUCUCCACUACGGGCGUGAAUUGGAGAAAAAGCAUGGAAGCUACAGAGCCUUUAGUGGAGAGAAUUCUCGAGCUCAUGUUCGCAAAGCCCAGUAUCACUAUGGAUGGGACUGGGGACCUCUGUUGAUGACAUGCGGACCAUGUGGGGAGAUCAAACUCGAAUCCUACGCUUCAACUUUGGUCGAUGUUUUUGCCGAUGCACGAGUAUCUGAGGACCUUCAUAGUGCGUCUGUCAAUGUCAGUUUUGAAGCUAUUCUGGAUCAAGACGUCACUGCAAAUGUCACUGUUACUGCUCCCGAUGGGCGUGUUUUCCAUUCAAAGGCAACUCUCGGCUCUAGCACGAAGGAAUCUCGAGGUUCAGUCUCGUUGGAGAUCAAUGAGCCACAACUCUGGUACCCUGUCGGUCAUGGUCCUCAGAUUUUCUAUUUGGUAGAUGUCGCUAUCAUGAAUCGUGAUCAGAUACCUCUUAAUCGUGCCAGGAAACUCGUCGGCAUGCGACGUCUGCGCCUGGUGCAGCAUUCUUUAAACGGUGAACUAGGCACCUCUUUCUUCUUCGAAGUCAACAACAAACCAGUGUAUGCUUCCGGCAGCAACUGGAUCCCUGGUCAUUCUUUCCUGACUGCUAUGACGUCUAAUGACUACGCCUCGGCUGUUGAUAGAUGUCUGAAAGCGAACCAGAAUAUGUUGCGUAUCUGGGGUGGGGGUAUAUACGAGCAUCAUGCACUGUAUGAGGAGUGUGAUCGACGGGGAGUUCUGGUCUGGCAGGACUUUGCUUUUGCCUGCGCCCAGUACCCUUGCUAUCCUGAAUUCGCGGCAACUGUGAAACGAGAAGCCGCAGAUCAAGUCAAGCGGCUGCGACAAUAUUGUUCCAUCGUCCUCUAUGCUGGGAAUAAUGAGGACUAUCAGAUUGCAGAGAUGCUCAAUUUGACCUGGGAUCGUGACGAUCAUUCAGGCGAUUGGACCGAAACCAAUUUCCCGGCGCGGACUCUGUACGAAACUCAUCUGCCUGCUGUGGUGGCUGAAUAUGCACCUGGUGUCCCCUACCACCCCAGUUCGCCUUGGGGUGGUGAUGGUACGACCGACAGGACCGUUGGCGACAUUCACCAGUGGAAUGUCUGGCAUGGUUCACAGGAGAAGUACCAGCUAUGGGACAAGCUUGUGGGCCGCUUUGUCUCUGAGUUUGGCAUGCUGGGCUUCCCAGCUGCUAAAUCCAUCCGUCGUUAUGUGACCGAUCCUGCGCAGCGAUAUCCUCAAAGCCGGGUUCUGGAUCUGCACAACAAAGCAGACGGCGCAGAACGCCGACUGGGUCUGUAUGUCUUGGAGAAUCUCCGGGUCAACUCGUUAGAUCUUGACAGCUGGAUCUAUGCCACUCAACUCAUUCAAGGCGAGUGUCUCAGUUUCGCCGUUCGAAGCUGUCGCCGCCAGUGGAAAGGCCCAGGUCAAGAAUAUUGCGGAGGCCAACUGAUCUGGCAGAUCAAUGACUGCUGGCCAGUCUCGAGUUGGGCCAUAAUUGACUUCUAUGGAGAGAAGAAGAUGGCUUACUUCAUGACAAUGCGCGACAGUGCACCUCUAGCACUUGGGAUUUGCCGCUCAACACCAGAGCUCAAGAAGCUCAAGUCACCGCCUCCACAGAUUCUGGCUCCUCCGCACGAUCUUGCCCCCAAGAAUUAUAUCUGUGACGUCUGGGCUAUGAACGGAACCUUGCGGGAUGCCCAAGCCCAAAUAGAAAUCCGGCUGUACGACCUCGCGACCGGAGUUUUGCGCGAGGACAAGUCCAUUGGCGUUCAACCCCUUUUAUUCAACCGCACCACCGAGUUGGUGGAAGACAUGAGUGUGGAUGACCAGACAGCCGUCCAGGCAAUCAUGAGGGAUACUCGGGAUGGCCAUGUCAUUGCCCGCACUUCAGAUUGGCCUCAACCACUCAAAUAUAUCACUCUGUGUUCCUCUCCGGGCGUGUCCGUGUCAGUCCUAGACGGCAAGCUUGAGAUUCGAGCGAACGCGCCUGUCAAGGGUUUGGUGGUCUCCGUGGUUCCCGAUGACCGUGAUGUUGAGUUUGAGGAUAAUGCCGUCGACGUCUUCCCGAAUGAUGUAUACACCAUCAUAGCACGGGGAUUGAGGAAGGACGACAAGGUACACGUGCGAUACUAUGGAUCGGAUUUCUAG